AUGGCUCUGAGCCUGGAGUCUACAACAAGCUUUCAUAUGCUCACCGUGUCCGGAAGCACUGUGACUGAGCUGCCUGGUGACUCCAACGUGUCCCUCAACAGUUCCUGGUCCGGCCCAACAGAUCCCAGCUCCCUGAAAGACCUUGUGGCCACGGGUGUCAUCGGGGCAGUGCUCUCAGCCAUGGGUGUGGUGGGCAUGGUGGGAAAUGUAUACACUUUGGUGGUCAUGUGCCGGUUUCUGCGUGCCUCGGCCUCCAUGUACGUCUAUGUGGUCAACCUAGCGCUGGCUGAUCUGCUGUACCUGCUGAGCAUUCCCUUCAUCAUAGCCACCUACGUCACUAAGGACUGGCACUUUGGAGAUGUGGGCUGCAGAGUCCUCUUUAGCCUGGACUUCCUGACAAUGCACGCCAGCAUCUUCACCCUGACCAUAAUGAGCAGCGAACGCUAUGCAGCCGUACUGAGGCCUCUGGACACAGUCCAGCGCUCCAAGGGUUACCGUAAGCUGCUGGUGCUGGGCACCUGGUUGCUGGCACUGCUGCUGACCCUACCCAUGAUGCUUGCCAUCCAGCUGGUCCGCAGGGGCUCUAAGAGCCUCUGCCUGCCAGCCUGGGGCCCUCGUGCCCACCGUACUUACCUAACGUUGCUCUUUGGGACCAGCAUUGUGGGGCCUGGCUUGGUCAUUGGGCUGCUCUAUGUCCGUCUGGCCAGGGCCUACUGGCUAUCUCAGCAAGCUUCUUUCAAGCAGACACGGCGGCUGCCCAACCCCAGGGUGCUCUACCUCAUCCUUGGUAUCGUCCUUCUCUUCUGGGCCUGCUUUCUACCCUUCUGGCUGUGGCAGCUGCUGGCCCAGUACCACGAGGCCAUGCCACUGACUCCCGAGACUGCACGCAUUGUCAACUACCUGACCACCUGCCUCACUUAUGGCAACAGUUGCAUCAAUCCCUUCCUCUACACUCUGCUCACCAAGAACUAUCGAGAGUACCUACGUGGCCGCCAGCGGUCACUGGGUAGUAGUUGCCACAGCCCAGGGAGUCCUGGCAGCUUCCUGCCCAGCCGAGUCCACCUCCAGCAGGACUCGGGCCGCUCGCUGUCCUCCAGCAGCCAACAGGCCACAGAGACCCUCAUGCUGUCUCCAGUCCCCCGUAACGGGGCCCUUCUCUGA